GAAUAUGCCUAUAUCCUGAAAAAUCCGAUUGAAGGUGUGGAAGUGAUUCAGAACGAUGAGAACUUUCGGUACUAUCACAUUAACUUGUCCGGCCCAAAAGAUUCGCCAUAUGAAGGCGGUGUUUUUGAGUUGGAAUGGUUUUAUCCGGAAUCUUAUCCAAAAGACCCGCCAAAAGUUCGAUUCCUGACUAAAAUCUAUCACCCUAACAUUGACGGACUUGGUCGGAUUUGCCUGAAUAUUUUAAAAAAUCAAUGGGCUACCGGUCUUCGGAUGCACUCCGUGCUGCUAUCGAUCUCAGCGCUCAUGGGAUCCCCCAAUCCUAAAGAUCCACUCGCCACCGAUGUCGCGAAAGAAUGGGAAAAGGACGAGGCGAAGGCAAUAGAAACAGGUAACUCGUCGACUUCUUUUUCCCCGAUACCCAAAUAUUUCAUCGCUGGCAUUUUGAAUUCGCGUAGAGAGGUUACCUGCUUACUGGAUGCUUUCUAG